GUUGGUAUCCAUUUCAAGUAUUUUCCUUCCCAUCUUCUUUUUACCUGCUUAUAAAAAUACAACAAACUUUUGUUGAUAUGCAAAACAAUCACCCUACCAAAAUCAUUCUCCUCCCACCAGAAAAGGUUGCCACACCUCCGGCUAGAAAAUGGCUUCCUCCGACAACGACACCGCCGUCGAACAGCAACAACAUUAUGCUUACGCAGGACACCUCGUUACCUUAUCAGUCCUACCCAUGACACUCCAAGCAGUGUUCGAGCUUGGUGUGUUCGAGAUCUUGGCAAAGGCUGGGGAUGGGGCCAACCUCUCUCCAGCAGAGAUAGCGGCUGAGAUAACCACUACAAACCCCAACGCAGCAUUGAUGCUUGAUCGGAUGUUGAGGCUUUUGGCAUGCCACUCGGUGGUGGGAUGCUCUAUAGUUUCUGAUAAAGAUGGGAAUGUGCAAAGGCUUUAUAGCCUUACUCCGAUUUCUAAAUGUUAUGUUCGAAAUGAAGAUGGUGUUUCGUUGGGUCCAAUGUUAUCAUUGAUUCAAGAUAAAGUGUUUCUGCAAAGCUGGAGUGAGUUGAAGAAUGCAGUAACUGAAGGAGGAGUUCCUUUUGACCGAGCUCAUGGAGGAGUUAAUGCAUUUGAAUACCCUAAGUUAGAUCCAAGAUUCAACCAAGUAUUUAACAUUGCAAUGGUAAAUCACACUACAAUGUCCAUAAAGAAAAUUGUGGAAUCAUACAAAGGUUUUGCAAACAUCAAGCAAUUAGUUGAUGUUGGUGGUGGCCUUGGGGUCACCCUUCAAAUCAUCACUUCUACCUAUCCUUCCAUCAAAGGCAUCAAUUUCGACUUACCUCAUGUCAUCCGUGAUGCCCCUGCUUAUAAUGGGGUUCAACAUGUGGGAGGAGACAUGUUUGAGAGUGUUCCAAAUGGAGAUGCUAUUUUCAUGAAGUGGAUACUACAUGAUUGGAGCGACGAUCAUUGCACAAAGUUAUUGAAAAAUUGCUAUAAUGCAAUUCCAGAUGAUGGAAAGAUAAUCAUAGUAGAGAGUGUGAUUCCCACGAAGCCUGAAAUCACCAAUGUAACAAAGGCAACAACUCAAGGUGAUGUGCUUAUGAUGACUCAAAAUCCAGGAGGAAAGGAAAGAACUAGAGAUGAAUUUAAGAGCCUAGCAACCAAAGCUGGGUUUAAACAUGUCAUGUUCGAAUGUUUUGUUGCUAAUCUUUGGGUUAUAGAGUUACUUAAAAAUUAACUUUUAUAUAUUGCAUGCACCAAACUUAUUGAUGGUUUAGUUACUACUGUAUUGUCAUUGAAUUUCUAUGUUUCUAUGUUUCUAUGUCCUUUUGGUUGCUGAACUUUCUGCCCUCCAAAAGGUUGAAUAAAAAAGUUGUUAUUGUUGUUAUAGUUA